AUGCACGCGUAGUAGCAGUAGUAGUCAGUAGUCAGUGUAAUCAGUUUUGGUUAGGUUAUAUCGCAGUACACGCGUAUCUGGACUCACUCCGUUCUGCCUGUACACAUAACCAUAUAUUUUUAUCAUACGAUACUUUGGCAGGAAGCCGUCUCCAAAUAUAUUUUUUCCUUUCUUAAAAAUUUCAUUCUUAAAAAAAUCGAAUCAAGGAUUAUUUCACAAUGAAGCUUUUGAUAGGAGUUGUAGGAUCAAGAGUUUUGCCGACUUUACGACAUAGAUUUACGAUCGGUAGAUAUUUGUGCGGCUCUUCUCGUGGUUUCGAUGAAUCGCGAAUCUCGCCGGUUUCGAAAAAACGAAACUCAUUUUAUUCAAGCACAAAGAUUGAGGGAAUUUCUAGCAUUCAAAUUUAUAGACAAACCAGCGCUCCAAUUAAUGUUAGAGAAUAUUCUACGAAAAAGCCACCUUCUGACAAGGACCCUCCAAGCGAACAAGAAAUGGAUUCGGCGGAAGAAUAUCCAGCGUCUCUACCUGCCACAGUCGUAGUGCCCGAGGUCUGGCCUCACGUUCCAGUUGUUGCAAUCAAUAGAAAUCCUGUAUUCCCACGUUUCAUUAAACUUAUAGAAAUCACCAAUCCAACAUUAAUUAAUUUGAUAAGGAGAAAGGUGAAACUUAAUCAGCCUUACAUAGGAAUUUUCCUGAAGAAAAAUGAAGAGAAUGAAGCUGAAGUUGUGCAAAACAUAGACGAUGUUUAUUCAAUUGGUACAUUUGCACAAAUUCACGAAGUACAAGACCUGGGUGAACGACUUAGACUUGUGAUUAUGGCACACAGAAGGAUUAAGAUAGUAGGACAAAUAUUGGAGGAUCUUUCUCCAAAGCCGCCGCAUGAGAUGAAACUGACGUUUCCACUACUAAAUACGACAAUUAACGUUCCUGUAGACGAGCCAAUGAACGUCACUAAGAAGCAUCGACGAGCUGCAUUACGUAACAAAAAGCAUGAUGGGCAAAUUCUGGAAGUGAUUGAAACGAAAGAUACCCAUGAUAAUAUUGAAGAAAUGGCUGUGACUGCAGAAGAACAAAACAUUGACAAAACAGCUGAUAGUGUGAACACUGCUACAAUGCCAACUGUAGAGGAAACAGCAACGCAGGGUUUGUUAAUGGCAGAAGUCGUCAAUAUUACUCAUGAAAAAUUUAGACAAACUGAAGAAAUUAAGGCUUUGACGCAAGAACUGAUCAAAACGAUUCGUGACAUCAUUAGUAUGAAUCCGCUCUAUCGUGAGUCUCUGCAACAGAUGUUGCACCAGGGUCAGCGAGUUGUGGACAAUCCAGUUUAUCUAAGUGAUUUAGGAGCUGCGUUGACUGGUGCAGAUGCACAAGAAUUGCAAGAAGUGCUCGAGGAAAUGGACAUCCUCAAACGGUUGCGUCUGUCUCUCGCACUGUUGAAAAAAGAGUACGAACUAAGUAAAUUGCAACAAAAAAUUGGCCGCGAGGUAGAAGAAAAAGUAAAACAGCAGCAUCGCAAAUAUAUUCUUCAUGAACAGUUGAAAGUCAUUAAAAAAGAAUUGGGUUUGGAAAAAGACGACAAAGAUGCUAUUGAAGAAAAAUACAGAGAGAGAAUCAGAGAUAAAGUCGUGCCGAAACCGGUGAUGGAUGUGCUAGACGAAGAACUCAAUAAAUUAAGUUUUUUGGAAAGUCACAGCAGCGAGUUCAAUGUGACGAGAAAUUACCUGGAUUGGUUGACCUCGAUGCCUUGGGGAAUAACGAGUACCGAAAAUUUAAAUCUUCAAGAAGCAGUAGAGGUUCUGGACAAGGAUCACUACGGAAUGGAGGACAUAAAAAAAAGAAUAUUGGAAUUCAUUGCUGUGAGCCAAUUGAAAGGAACAACACAGGGAAAAAUUCUGUGUUUUCACGGCCCGCCAGGUGUUGGAAAAACUUCGAUAGCACGAUCGAUAGCACGAGCUUUAAAUCGUGAGUAUUUCCGAUUUAGCGUUGGAGGUAUGACUGACGUUGCCGAAAUAAAAGGACAUCGAAGAACAUACGUUGGCGCAAUGCCUGGAAAAGUAAUCCAAUGUAUGAAAAAAACGAAAACGGAAAAUCCUCUCGUUCUUAUCGACGAAGUCGAUAAAAUUGGAAAGGGCCAUCAGGGAGAUCCAGCUUCAGCUUUACUGGAAAUGCUUGAUCCUGAGCAAAAUGCGAACUUUCUAGACCAUUACUUGGAUGUGGCUGUAGAUUUGUCAAAAGUAUUGUUUAUUUGUACAGCAAACGUGAUAGACACGAUACCAGAGCCGUUACGAGAUCGUAUGGAAAUGAUUGAAAUGUCGGGUUAUGUUGCGGAAGAAAAACUGGCAAUAGCAAAGCAGUAUUUAAUUCCACAAGCAAUGAAAGAUAGUGGGCUCGAUCAAAAUCAUAUAAUAAUAGAAGACAGUGCUCUGACAUCGCUCAUAAAAUCAUAUUGUCGAGAAUCUGGAGUCAGAAAUCUCCAGAAGCACAUUGAAAAAGUGGCGAGAAAAGUAGCAUUUAAAGUGGUGAAAAAAGAAGCAGAAAAGUUGGAUAUUACAUCGGACAAUUUGCACGAUUUCGUCGGAAAACCAGUUUUCGCUCACGAUCGAAUGUACGAAAUAACACCGCCAGGUGUUGUGAUGGGACUCGCAUGGACGGCGAUGGGAGGAUCGACUCUGUUCAUCGAAACAACUAUAUCAAAACCAACGAGCGAGAAAAAGUUCGAAGGCUCUCUCGAAAUAACUGGACAUUUGGGCGACGUCAUGAAAGAAUCGACACGAAUCGCGCUCACAGUUGCUAGAAAUUUCGUCAACCGACUCGAUCCCAGUAACACGUUUUUGUAUGAUUCUCAUCUUCAUCUUCACGUACCAGAAGGCGCUACACCUAAAGAUGGACCAAGUGCUGGUUCAACGAUAGCCGUGGCUCUUGUUUCCCUCGCGAAGAAACAAUCGAUUAGGCAAGAUGUCGCUAUGACUGGAGAGCUUAGCUUGACUGGGAAAAUCCUCCCGGUUGGUGGAAUUAAAGAGAAAACCAUUGCUGCAAAGCGUGUGGGUGUUAAGUGCAUCAUUUUACCAGAAGAGAACAAGAAGGACUUUAACGAUUUACCAAAAUACAUAACUGAUGGGUUAGAAGCACAUUUUGUAACAACGUUUGACGACAUAUAUAGGAUAUGUUUUCUGGUUGGUUCAGAAAUUCAGCAAGCUUCAGUACCAUCAAGAAUCCUCAAUAUUGGUAUACCAUCUGCUUCCAUCAGCAAAGAUAUUGUAGCAUAAUUAUUAUGAAGAGAAGAUUGAGAAAGCAAAGGAGAGAAGAAGAAAAAGGAAACUUUGUGUUUAUUGUGGAAUUUUUUGGGCUGCACAGGUCCAUAGAAUGUCUGAAUAGACGGAAAAUUUGAUGUAGACAUUCCCUGCUGAUUAUUGACAUGAACAAUUGACGAUUUAUCUCUGUGCACAAUGGUUUAUAUUUAUAAUACAUCAACAAGAAAUAGCAGCCAUUAAACGUUUUAUCGAUUCAGCAUACAUGUUCUAAUCGCAAGAUGCACAGUGGGAAGCUUAUAAAGAGUGUAAAUAUGUAGAUGUAACAAAUUGUUUGCGUAUUUUCAUUUCUAUUCGUAAUUCAUUUGAUAUCGUUAUAAUAGAAACGAUAUCGAUUUUCGUCUGUAUUAAAGUUUACACUGUUGAAGGGUGAUGAGGUUCUCACGAAUUUUCAAAAAUAAAAAGGAACCAAAAAAAAUGUUAAUAUUACAAAAAUAAGAAAAUUGAAAGAAAUGGAAUUAAAUUGUCACCAAAUUUUACAAUAGGGAUGAGUUAAAAAAAUAUGCUCUUUGAUAUCUUUGGAAAAGUAAAGUUGAUACUUUUAAUUAUGCAA